GCGUCGAUCAUGUUUAUGAUAUCAACGGUGAUGGCUUGUUCUUCCUGCCCUCAUGAUUGCUUGCUUGCUUACUACCCGUUUGAGGGAGACGUUACAGACAGCUCCGGUAACAACCGCGACGGAACCACGACCGGCGAUGUUUCUUACGCGGCUGGCCAAUCCGGUCAGGCCGCGUCCUUUAACGGUGCGUCUAAAAUGAGCGUCCAGUCGUUUGCCAACUUCGCCUGGGACUCGGAGUUCAGUGUCAGUGUAUGGUUCAAGCGCACCGGUGAUUGGGGGAACUACCAGGGCAUCGUCAAUAAUGGGUAUUACACUACAGGGAGCUGGGAGAUAAGAAUGGGUAGGGAGAACAGCGGUCAGAUGCUGGGCGGUGGUGUCAUUACAACUGCUGCGGGUACUACCUGGGACUACUUAAAUCUUGUCGCUUUGCGGAACACCUGGGACCACGUGACCAUGACCUAUGACGGGUCUACCUUGCUCUACUACCUCAAUGGUCAGCAGCAGACAGCGAACAGCCAGAACUGUUGCCCUGGUCCUAUUCUAACACGCAAUACACCGGUCACUAUUGGUCAUGCAGGUCCAGGGAAUAGAAAUGAGUAUUUCUAUGGCUUGAUUGACGAGGUCAAGAUCUAUGGCCGAGUUCUCACUGCGGUCGAGGUUCAAAAUAUGGCCAACCAUCCAUGUCUUUAA